AUGAGCGACAGCAGAAGAACAACAAGCCAAGACCUAACCGAACAACAGCAACCAACAGACCUAAUCACACCACUAGUAGUAGACCCACUCCUACUACUAACAACAACAACAACAACAACAACAACCCAACAACAACAACAAUCAUCAUCAUCAUCAACAACAACACUAUCAUCAAAAACAACAAGACUACCCAAAUCAAAACUCAUCCAAUCCAACCAACUCAAUCAAGCUGCUCAACAGGCAUUAGAAGGAGUAUGGGAAACACUCCAGAUCGCCAACCAAGCCAACGACCAACUCAAGAUAUCCAGGAACCUCGACCGACAAUUCGGGGAACUACAUGCAUCGGCCGCGCCAUUCAAGCAGGAUGCCUUAGCACUCAUCUGGCCGCAAUGUCUGACCAACAAGACCGUCAAGACAGCCUUCAACAGUCGCUCCUCGCCCGUCUACUUCGCCAUCCGUCGCGCCAACAUCGCCUUUGUCGCCGAAUACGUCCUCUAUGCCAUGCCCGGCGAAGAGGCCUAUGGGAAGAACGAUAUCGUCUUUGCUUGCGAAGGCUUCUUGCCGCUCGUCUUGGACCCGCAACUCGUCUUGGAACCCCAGAGUUGGAAACUGUUUAACGAACUCAAAGUCCAGAUUUAUAUCCAACGACUCGAUCAGAGCGGCCAAGAAGAGGCUGACUCUCGCGUCCUUCCUAACCUCUUCGUCGAAAGCUUGUCUAGCUAUUCAGGCUUAGAAGUGCCCCUCGAAUCGGAAAUCGAAUUCGACAAACUAGCCACAGAAACCAAAGAAGAACUAAUCGGAGCAGGGGCGGAUUUAGAGCUACUACAGAGCCGCCAUCCGUACGGCAAGUUUGCGAUCUGGGCGCUCGAGUUUCUGCACCGAUGUGCGAGUCGGGUGGACGAAGAAGCGCAGGAAUAUGAGCAGCUGCAGCAGAGUCGCCAGAACGAGUCGACACGACGAGAUCCGAAGGCGCGCAAGCGGGGCCGAACGGGCGAGGAGGCCGGGCCGAGGCCAUCUGACGGCCCCCACGGACUGACAUCCUCCUCUUCUUCCCUCCCCGUCCCGUCAACAUCUCUUCCUCCUCCUCCAACUCCUUCCUCUCCCCCCUCUCCUUCCUCCGCUGCUGCUCUCAAUGGGGAUAUCAAUGUCGGCCCUGUCUCCGAAGAAGAGUAUCCUCAGGAAGGCGGCGAACAUGGAUCCAAAGGAUAUAAUCCCUAUCGAUUAGGACGAGGCAAGGGCCCCACAUCGAUGCCGCGCCGUCGAUGGACUCAAGAAGAAUACGAACUCCUGUUGGAAGAGGUUCGGUUGCACUCGAAUAAGUAUGAUUGUAUGGCCCAGAUCAUGAAACGGCAUGGCAAAGGGGGCGAGAUCUCGGAGGUGUUGAAGGACCAAAACAAUGUGAGCUUGAAAGACAAAGCCCGAAACUUGACAAUGGAAUGGCAACGGCAUGGAUAUCCGGAAGAUAAGCCGUGGUUAAAAGAAGCCUUUGCGCGCUUCUCGGUCAAGAACAUGAAGCGGGCACACCCACGAGGUCGUGGCUCGGCGACGGGCGACCCGGACGGCUUAGGGACGACUCUGGGCGGAGAAGGCGACGAAGAGAUCAUCGGAGGAGGAGGAGAAGAACAAGAACAAGAAGAUGACGACCGGACUCCUCGCCACGCCAAACGUCCCCGUCCAAACCUCCCCGUCAACAACAACCCUCACCACCACCACCAUCAUCAUCCUCAGUUGCAAGAAGAGGAUGGCUCGUCUCAUCUGGAAGAUAUCGGCGUGCUCCCCGCAUUCGAGUUCCCGAGCGUCGACGGCUUCGACCCCUUCGAUCCCUCUCCCGACCGCUCGCCUCGUCUGAAUCUCGACGAUUCUUCGUCCCAUCUUCCUACGCUAUCUCUGGACAUUCCACUGCAAGAGUUCGACGACUUCUUGCUCCUCAACAGCCACAACAGCACCCACCACUCUUGUACCACUACUGAGCCUGCUACUGCUGUUCCUGUAACGAUCGGAUGUACUGCCGAAGAACUUGCGCAGAUCCAUCCCUUGCUCGCCUCCACCGGCCCCUCAUCGUCGUCGUCGUUGGUAACGGCUCCUCCUGGCGCUGCUCUGACACCCACUUCGGCCCCGGCCUUCGCUCGCUCUUCCCAGCCGAUCGAUGCGGCCUUGGAGAAGGCUCUGGAAAAGGCUCUCGAUAAGGCCUUCGACUCGGCCUUCCAUUCCCAGCUGGAUGUCCGGUUGGAUUCCGGGUUGCACUCUGGCUUGGAGAUGACAGGCUUGGUGGACCUGGCGGGGCUGGAGAGGAUCUCGCAGCCAGCGCAGGAGUCGCCGACGACGACCCUCUGCGAGACUCAUGUCCCGACCACCCUCCAAUCGACCGCCACGGAGCAUUCUCUACUGGCCCUCUCCUCCUCCUCCUCCCACAGCCUCGAUCACCUUGUUGCACAGAUCACCCUCCCUUCUUCUACGAAUCUCCCACUCCCGCUUCCUACUACUACUUCUUCUGGUUCUUCCGGUUCGGUUACAACCAUCACGCCGGUUCCCGGAUUCUCGAAGCCCGUCGAUCUUCCCGCGAUCAACCCCGUCUCUGGUGCCCUCGAAGCGCGUCCUUCGGGCUCUGCGGAUCCGGAUCCGGAUCCGGAUGCCGGGGAGCCGCAAUCCGGGAUCGGUGCUCACCAGCUUCUCUUGGUGGACCCUGCUCUUCUUUAAUCCUACCCUCCCUUCCCCCCCUUUUUUUAGUAUCACAUGAAAUGAAGAUGUGACUAGUGUAUUGUUUUUUUGUUUGGGUCACUCAUUAUAAUCUUUUUUUUUUGUUUGUUUGGUUGGUUGGUUUAUACAUCUCUUGGUGUGUGUGUGUGUGUGGGUGGGUGGGUUUUUUAAAGAAGGGGGUUGGGUGGAUGAAUGAUGGAUAGUCAACUGUGUGUGUGUGUGUGUGUGUUUUUAUGGUCGACGAUGGGGCGUGGUGCAGGUGGAUGGGGCCCCGGCAAGUCGGUACUUGACCUGGGGGGGGGGUUGUGGAUCAAGUCUUUACUAGUGGUGGUCUGGGCUAUCAUCUCUCUGAGUAUUACUCACAUUCACAGGAAAUGCUGUGUGUGGGUCACUGAAGGUGGCUCUUUUAUUUGGUAUGUACAGUGGUGUUGUUGUUGCUGUCCUUGCUGAGAUGGAAUGAAGGAUGAAGAUCUGGGAUGGGCGUGUGGACUCUCUGGAUGGGGCUUUGGUCAUCCCUGGGGACAUUGUGAAUUUGUACUACAUGUAUGGAUGUCUUGUUGGAUUCAUGUCUACAUAGCCGUACCUACUGUGUCUUGGUUCUCUGUAUGGUUGGUGGUGUGGGAGAUGACUUUUUAUGUAGAAGGUGAUGAUGGAUUGAUGAGCUUUUCAUCAUGUACAUAUAUGUAAAUUUCUGAUAUUCCUGCAAAGAGAUUUUCUGUGUCAACAGACUUCAGAAACCAAAAGAGAGAGAACAAA